AUGAAUCUGGGUUGUGGUCAAGCGGUGGAAUCGAUGUCGAUGCCGAGCUCAAGUGUUUCUUGCAAGUCUGGUGAUGGAGUCUCCGACCAGUUUCCGGUCGGUCUCCGUGUGCUUCUAGUAGAUGAUGACCCCACUUGUCUCUUGAUCUUAGAGAAGAUGCUUCGGAACUGCCUCUAUGAAGUUACCAAGUGCAAUCGAGCAGAAAUUGCAUUGUCACUGCUACGAGAGAACAGAAAUGGAUUCGAUAUUGUUAUAAGUGAUGUCCACAUGCCUGACAUGGAUGGGUUCAAACUACUCGAGUAUGUUGGCCUUGAGAUGGACCUUCCUGUUAUCAUGAUGUCGGCCGAUGAUGGUAAAAAUGUUGUGAUGAAGGGUAUUACUCAUGGGGCAUGUGAUUAUCUGAUCAAACCAGUUCGAAUUGAGGCAUUAAGGAACAUAUGGCAGCAUGUGGUUCGGAAAAAAAGGCACGAAUGGAAGGAUGCUGAGCAAGUGGGAAGUGUGGAAGAUGGAGAACGACAACAGAAACUGGCUGAAGAUGCGGAUUACUCGUCUUCUGCAAAUGAAAGUAAUUGGAGAAACUCCAAGAGAAGAAGGGAUGAAGAAGAGGAUGCUGAAGAAAGGGAUGACACGUGUACAAUGAAGAAGCCACGGGUGGUUUGGUCAGUUGAGCUCCAUCAACAGUUUGUGGCAGCUGUUAAUCAACUUGGAAUUGAUAAAGCUGUACCUAAGAAAAUUCUGGAGAUGAUGAGUGUCCCUGGGCUCACCAGAGAAAAUGUUGCCAGCCACCUUCAGAAAUAUCGUCUAUAUCUUAGAAGGCUAAGUGGAGUAUCACAACAUCAAGGUGGACUCAAUAACUCUUUCAUGGGUCCGCCAGAAGCGACAUUUGGGUCAAUGUCUUCGUUCAAUGGGCUUGAUCUGCAAGCUCUUGCUGCCACCGGUCAACUCCCAGCACAAAGUCUCGCUACACUCCAAGCAGCAGCGUAUGGAAGGUCUACCUCCAAAUCUGCCAUACCCAUGCCCUUAGUGGAUCAAAGAAACCUUUUUAGCUUUGAAACUCCCAAGUUAAGAUGUGGGGAGGGACAACAGCAACAACCGAACAAUAACAACAGUAAGCAACUGAAUCUGCUUCAUGGAAUUCCAACAAAUAUGGAGCCAAAGCAGCUUGUCAGCUUGCACCAAUCUGCUCAAUCCUUUGGGGGCAUGAAUAUGCAAGUCAAUACCCAUGGAAGCCAGAGUAACUCUUUACUAUCAAGGACACAAAUGCUGAAUGAAACUAGUGACGGUCAUGUUUCAAGGCUUCAGUCGUCCACAGGACAGCCUAUUAUGUCAACUGGGUGUGCAAUUGGAGUUUUGGCACAAAACAACAAUGCCAGAGGUCCAUUAUACAUUCCAGUCUCCAUAGCCUCUUCAACACCAGAUUUCUCAGUGAACAAUGACACAGACUUGUCAGGCAGUAGUUUUCCUCUUGGAAGUAAUGCAGGGAUGUCUACUUUCAGCUCUAAAGGAGUGCUCCAAGAGGAGUUUAAUUCGGAAACAAAAGGAUCAAGGGGAAGUCUUCUAAGUUAUGAUAUCCUUAAUGAACUGCAUCAGCAAAAAUCCCAUGUUUGGGGUUCACAGAAUGUAGGAUUGACAUAUGAUGCCUCCCAACAUGCCAAUAUAAGAGGAAGCCUCGAUGUCUCACCGUCUGUUCUAGUUCAACAAGGUUUUUCCUCUUUCCAGAAUGUUGGGCAAAACAGGAAUGCCGUUAGCAAGGCAGUCUUUUCGGCAAGGCAAGAAAGUGGGCAUGGGAAUGCCCCAAACUUUAGUCGACAACUUAACACGUUUCUUGUUGACAGUUCUCCUUCGGUUAAGGCUGAGAGACUUCCCGAUUCGAGUUAUCAAAAUAUUCUAUUUCCUGAACAAUUUAGUCAGGAGGACCUCAUGAGUGUACUCCUCAAGCAGCAGCAAGAAGGCACUGGACUAGUUGAAAGUGAGUUUGGCUUUGAUGGGCAUCCCUUGGAUAAUCUUCCUGUGUAGAGCAUCCUCCAUGCUUUGGCUUUAUCUAUGAUUCCACUUUCUGGGUUAGGCUCUCCUCUAAUUUCCUAAGAAUUGGAGAAUCCUCCAUUUCUCGUUUAAAUGACCAAUCAAAAGAGAAUCCUUAUGGAGCUGACCCCCAGUUUCUAGUGUACAAAGCAUCAACUACAGCUGAAGUUGAGGACCCUUCAGCAUUUGAAGUGAUUUUUGGAGACCCAUGUGAGAAUUAAGGCAUUAAAUCAACUCGGUCCAACAAUGUAAUUAUGAGUAGCUUAAUUAAAGUCUGUUUGAUUGGUGAAAAUUCUCUCUGUUUUCUGUUUUCAGUUGUUGGAAGCAAAAAUUCACCAGAAAACACAUUUGAAGUGGAAAAAUAUAAGAGACUUCUAGAAAAUCUGAAAACUUGAGAGGCAUCAAAGUAACUUUUUUUUCUGUGUAACUGACUUUGUAUGAAAAUUGAGCUCGUAAAUCCAUCGGUAAAUGCCUUUCUUUCUCCAUAUAUCUCCUCAACGAAAAUGGAAAUCGAUUCUGUGUGAUAUUAUUAGUAGCUCAACAAAGGUUGUGAAGAAAAUCAGAUUUAACAGGAAAUGAGAAGAACAGAGUAAGAAGAAGAAGAAGAAGCAGCAGCUUGCUGGGGAAGAAAUGAUUCUCUCUGAUUUCUUUCAUCUCAGAUGCAAGUACAUUGUGAUUACAGUAUUGAUAGACUGAUCAGUGAAGCACAUUUCAAACUAGGGGUGUCAAUUUGUGUCCUGCUGUUGUGUGAUUUGUAUGUCGAUAUUUUUGUAUCGUGAUAUUAUUAUUUGUGUCGUGC